CUCUCUCUCUCUCUCUCCCCCAGGUAAAACCCGCAGAGAGAGAGACAGAGAGAUGCGUGUGUGCAGGAGCAGCGCUAAAUAUAUAGAAAGAAAGAUCCCCGCCUCCUCUUCCGCACCCUUACUAGGGAAAAAAAAGGAAAAUAAAAAAAAAUAAAUAAAAAGGUUAAGAGGAGGAGAGAAAUCGCUUACGGGAACGCGAUUCCUGCGAUGAUAUCGGAGAAGACGAAGCAAAACGCGGCGGCGGCGACGACGACGACGACGACGACGACGACGAGAACGGCGUUUGCGGCGGCGUUGGGGAUCGGCGGAGAGGACUCCUACGCCGUAUGGGAGAAGGAGCGGUAGCGGAAUCGCCCCUCCGAAUCGCGUCGUGACCGCUUCCGCUCGGAUCGCGGAGGGACCGGCCGCGAAACUCGGGGCCUCGAUCGCUAGGGUUUCUGUUGGGGGACGGCGACGAUGAUGAAUGGCGCGGAUGCGGCGGCGGCGGAGGAGGCGAAGGGGACGGUUUCGGAGGUGGAGUGGGCGCGGUGCGAGUGCUGCGGGCUGACGGAGGAGUGCACGCCCGCGUACAUCUCGAGGGUGCGGGAGCGGCACCUCGGCCGCUGGAUCUGCGGGCUCUGCGCGGAGGCCGUGAAGGACGAGAUCGGACGGUCGGGGUGGCCCAUCUCGACGGCCGAGGCCAUCGACCGCCACGCCAGCUUCUUCCGCGCCUUCCGGGCCGUGGCGCCCCCCGACCACGCUGCCCAGCACCUCGUCGCCGCCAUCGCCCGCCUCCUCCGCCGCAGCCUCGACUCCGCCCCCGCCCGACUCCCCACGUCUUCCGACGACAGCGGCGCCGCCUCCCGCGCCCGCGCCGUUCCGGAGAACCGCCGCACGGCUUUCGCCCGCUCUCGAACCAGCUGCUUCGCCACUCUCCAAAGCUGAAUAAAUCAAAUAAGAGAGAACUCUCUUCAUAAAUUUUUACUUGCUUUCUCGUUCCCUGCUUCUUCGAAAAUAACUCAUUAGAGCUGCGGUAAACAGUAGAGUAAAAAUUAUAAGCUAGUAAUAUAACAUACUUUGCUAUAUAUAUAUUAUGUGGUUCGUACACUGUAGCUAUAUAGCGCUUCACUAUUUUAUGUUCUUCGCAUUAAUUGCAUGAUUUUGCGAGUCUAAUUAUGGGUAGAGCUUUUGUUUUUAAA